CGCCCUGCCCCGGGCCGCCCCGGGGGUGGGCGAGCGCCGGCGGGGGCGGGACCUGGCCGGGACCCCGCGCGGUCUCUAGGACCCGCGGGACGCCGCCGGCGGGCGGUGCGGGGAGACCAUCAUUUGUUCCGUGGGGAUGGGACGGGGCUGCUGGCCGUGGCUCCGUCGCACAGGCUCGCGCUCGCUCCCUCGCGACCUCCCGGCCCCGGGCCAAGGCGGACCGCUCGCUCGGCUCCUGCAACGGUCAGCGGCUCGUGCCGGCGCCGCGCGCGCACCCGGGGAACUUUUUUAAAAUCUGAAAGCCUAGCCGAGCUCGCGGGCGCUGCGAGGGGUUCGGAGCUGACUCCCCCCAGAGCGAAACCCCUCGGGUCCGCCGCCCGGGCCCCGCUGGCCGCCCGCGUGGAAUGGUGCGCGCUCGCCACGGGGCACUGAGAGCCGCUGCGCCGAAGGCCGGCGACCAUGGCCGCGCGCCCCCCGCCCGCGCCCCCCGCGCGCGCCCUGCUGCUCGCCCUGGCCGGGGCCCUGCUGGCGCCCCGCGCCGCCCGGGGGCUGACCGUGGGACGCACCGUCGCACCUGCCGCGCCGGCCGGGACGGAGGACGGGGCAGGAGCCUAUGAGGUGGUCAGCGCCUCGCUCCUGGACGGAGACUUCUGGAACCCGAGGCGCAGCGCCCACGGCAAGAAUCACCCAGAGGCGCUGACUUUUCGAAUACAACUGGAGAGCGAGGAGCUGAUCGUGAAUCUGGAACGAAACGAAGGCCUCAUUGCCAGCGGUUUCACGGAAACCCAUUACCUGCAGGACGGCACGGAGGUGUCCCUCGCUCGGAACCACACGGGUCAUUGUUACUACCACGGGCACGUGCAAGGACGCCCCGGCUCCACGGCCAGUCUCAGCACCUGCUCCGGUCUCAGGGGACUCAUUACGUUUGAAAAUAAAAGCUAUGUCCUAGAGCCGAUGGACAAUGUCACCGACAGAUACAAGCUCUUCGCGGCCGAAGCCCUGAAGGGCGUCUGGGGGUCGUGCGGGUCGCAUCCCCGCGCCUCGGGCCCCACUGCAGGCGGCGGGCGCCCACCACCCUCCCGGAUGCGGCAUAAGAGAGAGACCCUGCAGAUGACCAAGUACGUGGAGCUGGUUAUUGUCGCCGACAACCGCGAGUUUCAGAGGCAAGGAAAAGACCUGGGAAAAGUGAAGCAGCGACUCAUGGAGAUCGCUAACCACGUGGACAAGUUUUACAGGCCGCUGAACAUCCGCAUUGUGCUGGUGGGCGUGGAGGUGUGGAGCGACAUGGACAAGUGCCCCAUCGGCCAGGACCCCUUCGCCAGCCUGCACGAGUUCCUGGACUGGAGAAAGGCCAAGCUCCUGCCCCGCCAGUCCCACGACAACGCACAGCUUGUCAGCGGGGUCUAUUUCCAAGGCACCACCAUCGGCAUGGCGCCCAUCAUGAGCAUGUGCACGGCGGAGCAGUCGGGGGGCAUCGUCAUGGACCACUCGGACAGCCCCCUGGGCGCGGCCGUGACGCUGGCGCACGAGCUGGGCCACAACUUCGGGAUGAACCACGACACCCUGGAGCGCGGCUGCAGCUGCCGGACGGCCCCGGACAAGGGGGGCUGCAUCAUGAACCCCUCGACCGGGCUCCCGUUCCCCGCCGUGUUCAGCAGCUGCAGCCGGAAGGACCUGGAGGCCAGCCUGCAGAAGGGCGUGGGCAUGUGCCUCUUCAACCUGCCCGAGGUCCGGCCGGCCUUCGGGGGCCGCAAGUGCGGGGACGGCUACGUGGAGGAAGGCGAGGAGUGCGACUGCGGGGAGCCCGAGGAAUGUACCAGCCGCUGCUGCAACGCCUCCACCUGCACCCUGACGCGGGGCGCCGUCUGCGCGCACGGGCUCUGCUGCGAACACUGCCAGCUAAAGCCUGCGGGCACGGCCUGCAGGGGCGCCAGCAACGCCUGCGACCUCCCGGAGUUCUGCUCGGGGGCCAGCCCGCACUGCCCGGCCAACGUGUACCUCCACGACGGGCACCCGUGCCAGGGCGUGGACGGCUACUGCUACAACGGCAUCUGCCAGACCCACGAGCAGCAGUGCGUCACGCUCUGGGGACCAGGCGCGAAGCCCGCCCCUGGGAUCUGCUUUGAGAGAGUCAACUCGGCAGGCGACCCCUACGGCAACUGCGGCAAAGACGCCAAGAGCUCCUUCGCCAAGUGCGAGACGAGGGACGCCAAGUGCGGGAAGAUCCAGUGCCAAGGGGGUGCCAGCCGGCCGGUCAUCGGCACCAACGCCGUCUCCAUAGAAACGAACAUCCCCCUGCAGGAAGGGGGCCGGGUCCUGUGCCGCGGGACCCACGUGUACCUGGGCGACGACAUGCCGGACCCGGGGCUGGUGCUGGCCGGCACCAAGUGCGCGGACGGAAAAAUUUGCCUCAAUCGUCGGUGUCAAAACAUCAGCGUGUUUGGUGUGCACGAGUGUGCGAGGCAGUGCCACGGCAGAGGGGUGUGCAACAACAGGAAGAACUGCCACUGCGAGGCCCACUGGGCGCCCCCCUUCUGCGACAAGGUCGGCUUUGGAGGAAGCACAGACAGCGGCCCCAUCCGGCAAGCAGGUCACCGAGGCCUCACGGCCGGCGUCCUGGCCAGCAUCCUGUGUCUCCUCGCGGCCGGGCUUGCGGUUUAUCUCAAAAGGAAGACGCUGGUCCGACUGCUGUUUACAGACAAGAAGACCCUUGAGAAGCUAAGGUGCGUGCGCCCGGCCCGGCCCCCCGGCGGCUGCCAGCCCAGCCAGGCUCCCCUCGCGCCCCUCAGCCAAGGUGUGAUGAGGAAGCCAGCGCCGUCCAGCUCAGCCACGGACAACCCCAAGAGGCCGCCGCAGUGUCAGAACGUUGCCAUCAGCAGGCCCCUGCAGGCCCUGGGCCGCCCCCGGCCCCGGUCCCCGCAGCGAGUGCUGCCGACCCUCCACCAGGCGCCCCGUACGCCCAGCGUCCCCGCCAGACCCCUGCCGGCCACCCCUGCGCUCAGGCAGGCCCAGGGAACCCGGAAGCCCAGCGCCCCUCAGAAGCCCCUGCCCGCAGUGCCUCUGAGCAAGACGGCCCGGCUCGCCCCCGCCAGCGCCCCAGGCCCGGAGUCGGGGCUCCGCCUGGCACCCCUCAGACCGGCUCCCAAGCGCCCACCCCCCGCGCCCCGGCCCGCCCACACCGCCCCCUCCAAGUGAGAAGCCUGACACCUCCCCGCGGAGACAGUCUGCACUACGUUCAACUCCGGUGGAGUUGCCCUUGUACCAACCCCUGGACUUUGGGUCGAGAACCGCGGUCUGGGGGCGCGGCCCCGGUGCUCUGGGCUGUGGCUCAGGUCCUCGUAAGUUAUUAAUUUAUGCGGCUGUCCCGUGCGGGGCGCCAUGGGCCUGUCGCCGUCACCAAGUUCCCCUGGCUCCUCGCAGCUUAGUGAACCUGGGCGGCCACUCCUGGUGGGACUGUGGAGGGGACGGGACUUUCUGCCCGGGGCUCGUGGGAGCGCAGUCCCCAGCUGGCCAGGCUGUGGUCAGGGCUCCAGAGGCCCCGGGGUACCCGGCCCCUGCAGGCCAGAAGGGGGGCUUCCGGGGCCCUGGCACAGCUGAAAGGCUGCCCCUCGAAGCCCGGGGUAGCGGGAGGAUCUGGCUGCUGGUCAGGACGCCUGGGGAGAACCUGGGUUUCCGAGAGGAGGCGUAAGGUGUGGGGCUGAGAGGUGGCCUUAAGCUCAGCGGCCAGGAGCUCUGUGGAGCAGGCAGGAGCGCGCUCUCGCUGGCUGCCCGCCCUCCGCACCUUCCUGAGGCUGCGAGAGGGUGAUUCUCAAGAAAGCGCCCGAGCCCCUGCACCCCCUCCCCGGUGCCGUCCGGAGCGACGCCAGCUCCCACCUCGCCUCCUCCCCUGGAAUCCCACACAGGGAUUCUGUGUUUGGACAGACGGACGGGACUCCUGUGGGACCUUAACUAUGUUCAGAUGUGACCAGUGACCAGAUCCAGCCAGUCAACCCCACAGACCAAGCAUGUCAAACUCAAAGGCGAACACGGGCCAAAUAGACCAGGCGUGCGGGCCGUGGGCCACGUGUUUGACAUGCUCGCCGUAGACAGAAGCAGCCCUUCGUCAAAGGCUCAGCUUAUGAGCAGUCAGGCCAGAGGAAGCCCUGCGCUCGCAAAAGCCGCAGCCCAGCGCCAGGCUGUGCUCGCCGGUGCCGGCGGCGUGGGCUGUCCUUACUAGCAUCUAUCGGACGGAGAACCGUAAGGUACCAGAAAGUUCUUUGGGGGCAUCCUGUGGUCCAGGCUCGGCUGCAGGAAUGUUUACCAGAUGUUCUGAGCAUAAAGUCUGAGUCUGUGAAACACUUGCCACUACCUGUUGAGCAUCACAGAACGAGACAGGGAAGGUGACGUCUUCAUCCCACAGUCACGAGCCGCGGGCAGCCGUCCCUCCCCUCUUCCUCUUCAGCCGUCUGCCGGGGGAGCCAUGUGCACAAGGACAGCCUGCGGACGCCGUGUCCAGCGGCAGGCGAGGUCCAGUGCCACGUGCCUCGCUGUCCCCUGGAGGGGUCACGGCGGCCGUUUUCAGGGCCUGAAGCGGAGACAGAGCGGCCCAAGAACCUCGGUCUGCCGUCCAGGGGCCGUCCCCCCUGCCCCCGCCGUAUCUAGGCAACACAGUACUCAGGGCCGUGGGUGGUGAGGCCACGUCACGCACACGCACACGCAUGCACGCACGCCGCCAGCUCCCCCGCGUGGAUCUGUCCCCUAGAACGCAGCGCCGUGGCAGACAGCGUCACUGCCCACAAGCAGGUACGGAAUCACUGUGGUUACUAUUACACUCGGUACCUGUGUUAAGGCCAAAUCAGACUGCAGAGAAGUUUACAGACUUUUUAUGGUGCACGUGGGGGGGUGUGCGUGGAGACACCGCAUCCUCGGGGCCCCUCCUCCUGCGGGAGGAAGGGGAGGUGGACUGUGGGUGUGUCCUUCCUUCGCGCUAACUCCUGGGUCUACUCAGAGGACCGGGGGCCUGACCGUGACGCAGUCAGUGCUGCGAUCGUCCACCGCGUCAUCGCCGGCCCGGACGGCUGCACCGACGACACAGCCUUAUCCCUGGGCACCAGCCUAACCUCCCCUGACUGUGCCCACGUGGUAUUAAAGGAACAGUACGUCCCAGAUCCAGUAGGUAUCAUUACUAUGCAAAUACAAAGCACAUUUAGCAAUAACGCCCCUUUUACUACCCGUAGGGAAGGAGCCAAUAGCCAGUUCUGUGGGGGGCACUCUCCCUGCCUCCUUUUAUAUCCUCACAGAUGGUGGGGACAAAAGUCAACGCUUACGUUUCCACGGCAGCCCAUGUCUCACGCUGUGUAGUUCUGCGGGCGUGAGCGAUGGCACGGGUCCACGUUCACAAGGCCAGCGCUGGGCCUGAUCCGAGGGUCGCCCCUUCCCUCCCCCGUCUCAUCGCAGCUGUCGGUCACGUGCCGCCCCCCCCCCCAUCCCCACGGGCACGGCCAGUCUCCCG